AUGGGACCGCCAGAUCCGAUUUUGGGUGUAACUGACGCCUUCAAACGUGAUACAAAUCCAAAGAAAGUUAAUUUGGGUGUGGGAGCUUAUCGUACAGAUGAAGGAAAACCGUGGGUUUUAGAAUCAGUUAGACAGGCGGAGGCAACAAUUCUAAAAGAAAAUUUAGAUAAAGAAUAUGCAGCCAUCUCCGGUCUAGCAGAGUUUUGUCAAGCAAGUGCUAGAUUAGCAUUUGGGGAUGAUUCAGAUGUUAUUAAAAAUCAAACUAAUGCCACUGUGCAGUGUAUAUCGGGAACGGGAUCAUUAAGAAUUGGUGCUGCAUUUUUGGCAAAAUGGUAUCAAGGCAACAAAACGGUAUGGAUACCGAAUCCUACGUGGGGAAAUCAUACUUCAGUAAUGAAACAUGCUGGAUUAGACGUCAAAUCGUAUCGUUAUUAUGAUCCGAAGACAAUUGGAUUCGAUUUCAAGGGAGCUAUUGAAGAUAUUAAAAAUAUACCAGAAACUUCCAUUAUUUUAUUCCAUGCUUGUGCCCACAAUCCAACUGGUGUUGAUCCUCAAAAAGAGCAAUGGGAUGAAUUAUCAUCAGUGGUGAAGAACCGUAAUUUAUUUGUAAUCAUGGAUAUGGCUUAUCAAGGUUUUGCUAGUGGAAAUAUCGAUGAGGAUGCGUAUGCUGUUCGAAAAUUCGCUAAAGAUAAACAUAAUAUGUUUUUAGCGCAAUCAUAUGCAAAAAAUAUGGGUUUAUAUGGUGAACGGGUAGGUGCACUAACCAUAGUAUGUAACGAUAAAGAAGAUGUUGAUCGUGUUAUGUCACAAUUGAAAAUCAUUAUUCGUCCUAUGUAUUCAAAUCCGCCCAUUAAUGGUGCACGUAUUGCAGCUAAAAUAUUGACAAAUCAAGAUAUACGACAAUUAUGGUUGAAAGAAGUUAAAUUAAUGGCUGAUAGAAUAAUAACAAUGAGAAAACAAUUAGUCGAUAAUUUACAGAAAGUAGGAUCAAAAAAAAAUUGGCAACAUAUCACAGAUCAAAUUGGAAUGUUUUGUUUUACGGGAUUAGAUCAACAACAGGUUGAACGUUUGACAAAAGAAUUCUCAAUCUACUUAACAAAAGACGGUCGCAUAUCAAUGGCUGGUCUUACAUCGAAGAAUAUUGAAUAUGUGGCUAAUGCUAUACAUGAAUGCACAAAAUAG